AUCAAGUGUUGAAGAUGUUGCAAAUUUGUCAGUAUCUGCUUCGUAAUUUAUCACUCGGUAAUCUCGGGACAUACGCCCGUAUUGCUGCAAGGUCGUUCAGCAGAUCUGGGACCAAAUGUAAUGCCGGAUUAAUUAUUAUUGGAGAUGAGAUUCUGAAAGCCCAAGUGAAGGACACAAAUUCCUUCUUCAUGUGCUCAUUACUCUGGGAAUGUGGCAUUAAAGUUGAAAAAAUAUCGGUGAUAAGUGAUGAUAUUGACACAAUAGCAAAAGAGAUAACAGAGUUCUCUGGGAAGUACAGGUACGUGAUAACAUCCGGGGGAAUUGGACCGACUCACGAUGACAUGACCUUUGAGGGAUUGGCAAAGGCUUUCAAUGACUCACUGCAUUGUCAUCCGACGAUUGUGGACAUUGUCAAGGACGUUUACAAGACCGAAGAUCGAAAUUCUCCAGCUUUUAAAAUAGCACACAUCCCCAGGAAGUCUGUGCUGAAGUUCGGGAAGAGUCCGGAAACUGGGGAGACUCUCAAAUUUCCCUGUGUUAACGUCGAAAAUGUCUACGUUUUUCCGGGAUCUCCUGUGUAUUUUGAGAGAUUGUUUCACAGCCUUUGCAGGGAUCUAUUCAGGGGCGAAAAAAAAUUCGUAAAGAGAGAAUUAUUUUUAGACGCUAAAGAGGAGUCUUUUGCAGACGCAUUAACAAACGUGGCUAGAGAAUUUCCAAGUGUCGCUUUCGGCUCUUAUCCUGUCAGCGGGGAAAGUUAUUAUAAGGCAAGAGUGACGAUUGAGAGUGACAACGAGACUGAAACAUUAAAAGCACAGGAGAGAUUUCGUAGCUUGGUCCCACGAGAGGUAUUCAUAAAUUACGACAAACAUCCUCACAUCGACGCUCAUGAAAAAUUCUCAGUAUUCGUCGAGACUUGUCAGAGUGAAAUAUAUAAAAAAACUGUAGAGGAACUCAGAAAAGUCUACGAGAAGGCAAAUGAAGUUGCAAUUUGCUUCGAUGGGAGCAUAGAGUCCACUGCGUUACUUCACUUGGCUCACGUGGCACAGAUGCAAUUGGGAAGUUCCUCGAAAAUUAAUUUGAUAAUGUUUAAAUAUGAGGAGUGGCUUCCUGAAGUCGAGAAGUUCAUCGAAGCCAUUACGUCGAGAUACAAUCUCAACAUAAUAGCCCUGAACCAGCUCCCUCAGGAGGCAGCGAAGAGCCUGAAAGUGUCUCACCCAGAUAUAAAAAUUUUAUUACUGGGAAUAAAAUCGAGAAAUAAAGAUAACGGCCAGUAUCACAGUUUUGCUAGACAUCCUAGCAUCACAUCAAUGAUUAUUAAGUGUCCCUUGAACGGAUGGACAGUCGACAGUUUAUGGACAUUAGCAAGAUCUCUCAGUCUACCAUAUUGCUCGUUAUACGACAAAGGAUAUACCUGCGUAGGUGGUCGUAAGGGUACAAAGCCCAAUGUGAAUUUAAUAACUGAAGAUAAGGAAACAUGUCAACCAGCCUGGAAAUUGAAUAGUGAAGAGAAAUAACGGCGAAUCGUCUCUCAUCGAUUUGUUAUUAAUUAUUUUUGGAGAUAAUAACACGAUUUGAUAACAUUGAAGCCCGUGAGUUCAUAUGAAAAUGUCCGAGAAUAUUUUUCUACAGAAUUUACAGACUACAAAGAAGAAGUAAUUCUGGAUUUUGAAAAUAAAUGUAUUUUGUUAUUUUUAAUUUUUUUAUCCCACGAAGAACCAAAUAAUAUCGUCUUCAAGACAUUAUUCAUGUUUAUCUAUUUAUUCAAUUGCCUUGCGCUUUAUAUCUACAUUUUUCAAUUACUUUAUUCGUAAUCUA